GGCCGGGCCGGGGGCGGCGGGGGCGAGGGGCCCCGCCAUGGCCCACUUCGAGACGCAGUACCAGCGCCUGGAGAGCUCCUCCACCGAGUCCCCUCCCGGCGGCGGCGACCUGCUCGUCCACGUCCCGGAGGGCGCCAAGUCUCCCUGGCAUCACAUCGAGAACCUGGACCUCUUCUUCUCUCGCGUCUAUAACCUGCAUCAGAAGAAUGGCUUCACCUGCAUGCUCAUCGGAGAGAUCUUUGAGCUCAUGCAGUUCAUCUUCGUGGUGGCAUUCACCACCUUUCUUAUCAGUUGUGUUGAUUACGACAUCCUCUUUGCCAACAAAGCAGUAAAUCACAGCCAGCAUCCCACUGAGCCCAUUAAGGUGACUCUGCCAGAUGCCUUCCUGCCUCCCAACGUCUGCAGUGCAAGAAUCCAGGCAAACAGCUUCCUCAUCUGCAUCUUGAUUAUAGCUGGGGUUUUCUGGAUCCACCGACUUGUCAAAUUUAUCUACAACAUUUGCUGCUACUGGGAGAUUCACUCUUUCUACAUCAAUGCCCUCAAAAUCCCCAUGUCCACCCUGCCCUACUACACCUGGCAGGAGGUGCAGGCCCGCAUUGUGCAGAUCCAGAAGGAACACCAGAUCUGCAUCCACAAGAAGGAGCUGACAGAGCUGGACAUCUACCACCGCAUCCUCCGCUUCAAGAACUACAUGGUGGCCAUGGUGAACAAGUCACUGCUGCCCAUCCGCUUUCGCCUGCCCCUGCUGGGAGACACUGUCUUCUACACACGUGGGCUCAAGUACAACUUUGAGCUCAUCUUCUUCUGGGGACCAGGCUCCCUCUUUGAGAACGAGUGGAGCCUGAAGGCUGAGUACAAGCGGGCUGGGAACCGCCUGGAGCUGGCUGAGAAGCUCAGCACUCGCAUCCUCUGGAUUGGCAUUGCUAACUUCCUCCUCUGCCCCCUGAUCCUCAUCUGGCAGAUCCUCUAUGCCUUCUUCAGCUACACAGAGAUCCUGAAGCGGGAGCCGGGCAGCCUGGGUGCCCGCUGCUGGUCUCUCUAUGGCCGCUGUUACCUCCGUCACUUCAAUGAGCUGGACCACGAGCUGCACUCACGGCUCAGCAAGGGCUAUAAGCCAGCGUCCAAGUACAUGAACUGCUUUAUCUCCCCACUCCUCACCAUCGUGGCCAAGAACGUGGCCUUCUUUGCUGGCUCCAUCCUGGCUGUGCUCAUCGCUCUCACCAUCUACGAUGAGGACGUGCUGGCAGUAGAGCAUGUCCUGACCACAGUCACCCUGCUUGGGGUGGGCAUCACAGUGUGCAGGUCUUUCAUCCCUGACCAGCACCUGGUGUUUUGCCCAGAGCAGCUGCUACGAGUCAUCCUGGCACACAUCCACUACAUGCCUGACCACUGGCAGGGCAACGCCCACCGCUAUGAGACCAGGGAUGAGUUUGCCCAGCUCUUCCAGUACAAAGCGGUCUUCAUCCUGGAGGAGCUCCUGAGUCCCAUCAUUACCCCCCUGAUCCUCAUCAUCUGCCUGCGGCCCAAGUCCUUGGACAUAGUUGACUUCUUCCGCAACUUCACCGUGGAGGUGGUGGGUGUGGGUGACACCUGCUCCUUUGCCCAGAUGGACGUGCGCCAGCAUGGCCACCCAGCGUGGAUGUCUGCAGGAAAGACGGAGGCCUCCAUUUACCAGCAGGCUGAGGAUGGCAAGACGGAACUGUCCCUCAUGCACUUUGCCAUCACCAACCCCAAGUGGCAGCCCCCCCGCGAGAGCACGGCCUUCAUCGGCUUCCUGAAGGAGCGGGUGCACCGGGACAGCAGUGUGGCCCUGGCUCAGCAGGCUAUGCUCCCUGAAAAUGCUCUUUUCAGCUCCAUCCAGUCUCUGCAGUCGGAGUCAGAGCCUCACAGCCUGAUUGCCAAUGUGAUAGCGGGCUCCUCAGCAAUGGGCUUCCACAUGGGCCGGGAUGGACAGGCCUCCCGCCAUCUCUCCGAAGUGGCCUCGGCUCUGCGUUCCUUCUCCCCACUCCAGUCUGCCCAGCAGCCUCCCAGUGGCUUCCAAACAACAGGAAGGGAUGGAGAGGGAGUCCAGCCUCGGGGUGCCAGUGCCAUGACAGCCUCUGGUGCUGAUGCAAGGACUGUGAGCUCAGGGAGCAGUGCCUGGGAGGGUCAACUGCAGAGCAUGAUCCUGUCGGAGUACGCUUCCACCGAGAUGAGUCUCCAUGCGCUCUACAUGCACGAGUUGCACAAGCAGCACACCCAGCUGGAGCCCGAGCGGCACACUUGGCACCGGCGAGAGAGCGACGAGAGCGGGGAGAGCGCGCACGAGGAGCUGGACGCUCAGCGGGGCACCUCUGCCCCCAUCCCUCGCUCUGCCAGCUACCCCUUCUCCUCGCCACGGCAGCCUGCUGAGGAGACAGCCACGCUGCAGGCUGGCUUCCAGCGGCGAUAUGGUGGCAUCACAGACCCUGGCACAGUGCACAGAGCUCCAUCACACUUCUCCCGCCUCCCCCUAGGAGGCUGGGCUGAGGACGGGCAGUCAGCGAGACACCCAGAGCCUGUGCCAGAGGAGAGCUCAGAGGAUGAGCUUCCACCACAGAUCCACAAGGUAUAGCCUUGUAGACUGGGGAUCUCGUGGGGAUUGCAGACCAGGAGCCACCUGGGCAUCAGGAUGUGGUGUCAGCCUGAUUCUUCUCUUGUCCUGAGUGGACAGGAUAGUCCUGGGCUCCAUUUUGUUGCCAUCAGUUACCGAAGAGACAAAACUGCCAGGCUGGCGGCUUUGCGGUGGCACUUUGUGUCCAGCCGUGUGUCAAGUCAACGCCACUCUGACUUGUGGAGUGAAUGCGUGUGUGAGUACAUACAUGUGUCUAUGUUCACAUCUGUGUCGUCCAUGUCGGAGGAUCGCUGCAGAGCCUGCAAAAACUGACAUGACAGGACUAGCAGUGGGGAACUGUGGACUGGCUCGGAGGUGGCGGCAGCAGCAGCUAUUUGAAGGGAUGCGAGUUGGCACCAGCUCCAGAUGUCUGACGGAGCUGGGACCUGCCUUCCAAAAUGAAGGCAGGAGCUGUGGAGGGGGGUCUAGCUCAGCGUGUAAACACCACACCUGUCCUGCCUGCAGCCCUGGGGAGAUGCCCAGGAGAGGACCAGUGUUGCGCCCUUCAGCCCGGAGCAGGACAGCAGUGGGGCAGCCUCCUACCCCUCUGCCUUGGCACACUGCAGAGGGAUGGGCCCUGGCUGCUACUGGUGUGGGACCUAGAGCUGGUGGGAACAGAUCUGGCCAGGAUUCGGGGAUGCUGCAGCUCUUCCUUGACUCUCACAACAGCAGGCCCAUCCUCUGCGUUCAAGGAAGGGUUGGUGGAGUGGAAGUUCUGGGUCCCUGACAUCCCUCCCAGCUGGGGCUGGGGCAGCAGCAUCCUCCCCACUGUCUGACACCCAUGGCUGCUAGCGGGCCCUUCUGCAGUGCCAAAGAGACCCCAAGGUGGGGCAGCCUGGUGUCUCCCAGGAGCGCUCACAGCCCCCUUGGAGCUCACCCUGAAAGUCUUGUGCUCUGUGUAUUGGUUUCUUUCCCCCAGGCAUGAUAAAGGCCUUGUCCCCAUGCCCAGGCUGUGGUGCAUCAGGUCUGUCCUCCUGAUGUGGCGUUGUCUGUGGUAUUGGGCCUUUCCUCUUCACUGAGCAAAGGGUUUGGUGCAUCUUGCCUCACUAGGGGUCUCGGCUCCUCUUGCUCUCUUGAAACCAUCCUUUUGCUUGCAACAUUGCUUUAGCUGCUGCAGAGACCGUAUACCAAGCAGCUGGCUUGUGCCUAGGGCAAGGUCAAGGGGGUUCUCUGAAUCCAGAAGGGAGAGGUGAACCCGAGCCCAGCCCUGGGGUGGUGGUGAAGAAUUGAGAUCCUGGCUGGGUACUGUGGCCUCAAGACAACACCCUCCUACCAUUGUUCUGGUUCCCCUCUCUUUUCCAGUGGCAGCUUGUAAGGGUCUGCAUCCCCACUGACCCCUGCCGGGCUUUGCUUUCCCCUCCCUCCCUUUGCUUGCUUCUGGUGGGGGCUGUCUGCUUUUGCCAUGCCCCCCACAAGCACUGCAGGGCCUCCUCUGCCCCAGGCCCUCCUCCUCUGCCCCAGGCCCUCCUCCUCUGCUGUCCCUGGAGGCCAGGGCCACCUCCCUUCCUCUGCCAGGGUUAUUUGCUCUCUGUCCUUGGAGCUCAGGCUCUGCACAAGCUGAUGAGCUGGUAGCUCCUGGUGAUGCUGAGGUGCCCGCACCGAGGUGGCCAGGGCAGGAGCAGGGACAGGGUGCUCACGCAAGGGCAGACUUUUGAGGACGGCAGAUGCCCCGCUGCCAUGGCAUGGGGUGGACCAGCCCUGCAACUGCUCUGAGGUCUGUAAUAGACCACUCGGAGUGUGCUAGAGUAGAGCUCGAGGUGGGGUCAGGACUGAGCUGGGCAGGGGGUCUGCAGACCUGGAUGCUGCUGGGGUCAUCUCAUGGAGGAACAGCUGCCACGACCCUGCAGCAUCUCCUGUUUGGGGCUAUCAUGGCAUCAUUAAGGGAAACUGAAAGCAAAUUUCCCGGGAACCCAAGCUUUCCAGUGGCUUCCCCUGGCACCUGCGCUGUUGCCCCGCGUGGAAGUGAGCCUCCAUGGGGCUGUGGGAUGCUGUCUCUGGGCUUCCUGGCAGAGUUGCUGAGCUUAGAAGCUGAGCAGCUGAAGGCUGGCAGUGCCCAGGGGCAGGGGGAGCCUGGGCCUUUCCCUGAGCUCGCAGGGGGGAUAGGGCUGGCGUCCCUGCCGCAUGUUGUGCUUGUGUCCUCAGCGUCCCAUGUGCAUGGCGAGCCACUCUUCCUCAUUCCCCGGGGCAUGCGGGGGGUCCCGGGGAACUCGGUCUGACCUCCCCAUCCCCCGUGCCCUCGCUGUACAGCUGUAUAGCCGUCUAAUAAAGAUGGGCUGUAUCAUC